AGUUUGAGAGGUUUCCUUCCAUAAAAUUAAAUCGAUUCUAGACUAAUUUGACUCGAUCAUUUCCAAACACAAUUUUUUGGGAAUAUUCCACAUAAAAUAUGCUAUAAACAAAACAUAAAAUUGUAGGAAUACUUACAGUAUGUGCACUGUUUGAAGAUGCCAUUGCUUAAGCUCAUUUUCGUUGCAGAGCAGCACACUGGAAAGCAGACACAUACAAAGCAUGUCAUGUGACAUUUUGGGGACAUUUGGUCAGGUGACUACUCGCUCGUCUUGGCCAUGCCUCGCAUCUCUUGACGUGUUUCCUGAUAAUUUAAUAAUAAUAAAAAUAUAAUGAAUGACUAUAUGAUACAAUAACAGGUAAAACCACUCACUAACGACAAUAAUUUUAUCAUAUAUUUUAUGAUGAUAAAUAGUCAGAUACAUCAUGUCUUCUUGAUCAGGCAUGGCCAACAUACGGCCUGCAGGCCAGAUUUGGCCCAUCUAAUGAAUUUAUGUGGCCCGCACUCAAUCUUUCAAUAUUAGGUAUUGAAGUCUGAAUAGCUCUAUGAAAAAUUCUGAUGCGUAGAGAAAAAAAAUCACUAACUCACUGUGCAUGUAGAGUUAACCCUCCAUUUCCAUUACAAAUCUUUUAAGUACAGCAUAGUGUUGCUAAAGCAUGAUAAUGUGAAAAAUUUAUCUGUAAUCUCUAUGUACAAUUUAGUCUCUACAGGGUGACACCACAAUGAGAUCUUGCACCACCUCAAAAUCUUCCUAGGGCAGCCCUGGUUCAGCCCAUGGAAAAGUUCUGUUUCCAAUUCGGCCCAGGGGCAAAAACUGUUGGCCAUCCCUGGUCUUCAUGUAAAUAAAUAAAACUAAAUUUUGCUUAAGACAUGAAAGAGAUUAGGCAAUUUAAAAGCAGAAAAGAAUUAUUAGUUAUUUAUGGAAAUAUCAUACAUAUGUUGAUUUUAAUCCAUAUUUAAAUGGAAUGAUGUUUUAAUAUUUCUAUUAAUGAUGCUUCCAAAGUUCAGCAAAUUUUUCUGCAAGAAGAGUAUGUUAUCACAUGACAUCAUAGAUUAUGUCAUGUGACCAAAUGGCCCCAAGAAAUGUCAUGUGACACGUCUUGUACAUGUCCACCUUCCAACGUGCCACUCUGCGAUGAAAAUGAGCUUAAACAAUGGUGUCUUUGAAUGGUGCACUCUAGGUAUUUCUUCAAUUUUUUGUUUAUAGCAUAUUUUAUAUGGAUUAUUCCCAAAAAAUUAUACGUGUUUGAAAAUGAUCAAGUCAAAUAAGUCUAGAAUCAAUUAAUUUUAUGGGGAAAAACCUCUCAAACUGCUGUGCCCCCUAAGCUGCCUAUUUCAGAUAUUAACACCUUUUAAGUACUUGAUAAGUAUAUAAAUAAUGGCACAAUUACAUUUCUGAAUCAGAUAGUUGGGAUCUUAACAGAGCUGUAGACAAUAUCCACAGGAGCAAAAAAGUGAAAGGAAAUAUACCUCUAUACGUGACAUACAUUUAGAGGUAUGUUUCCUUCAUGACAUAUAGUCUUCCAAAAUCAGCUUAUUUCUAGGACAUACAUAAUCAGAAGUCAUGUUGUUCUGCUAAGACUAUCAUGUUUAACUAUUUAGCCCGCACGACUAUGCAAGCUUUGAGUAGUCCACUUGACUGUUCUCGAAGUAUUUGAUUUUAUGUAGUUUUAGAUGUGGGAGCUUUGCCGCCCAAACAGGCUGGCUCACAUCACUCACACUGAAGCACAUGAUCAUGUGGCGAACGCCGCCUUUCACAUCUGUAUCCUUAACGGUUGUACAGACAAGCAAUUACCCCCGGGCAUAUGAGUCACCACUUCCUGGAAUAAAUUCGAACUCACUACACAAAGACGGUCGAAAACCAGUUGUCCUUUGUUAGCUGCGUCGUCGAGACAUGUGUUGUACCUAGUACGCGAGAAGAACAAUAAAAGUUUAGUUUUGUUACGAUCUCGUCUCAUUCGUUUCUUCCACUCACAGCGACCAGAGAUAAAAGCAACCACCACGCCAAAACCACAUUGGUGAGCCGGACUUAGAACAUAUUUCGACAAAGAACUACCAUUGGAACCUUCAUCAGGUACGUCGUUUACUACCUUUUCUCAAGACCUCAGUCGUCAGAUCAUGGCCGAGAUUGGAGCUGUAAAAAUCCCUCCAUACAACUUUUCCGACCCAGCCUUAUGGUUCCACAUGUGCGAAAGCACAUUUGCGCUGGGAUCGCCAAAGCCGAUCACGGAAAGUGCCACAAAGUUCAACUACGUAGUGGCCCAUUUACCACCGGAAGUCGCAUCAACGGUUAGAGACAUUAUUAUUUCUCCGGACCGUACAGACCCGUACGGUCACAUAAAGGUGGAACUUAUUAAACGAUCCGGCGAAUCGUCUCAACAGGAGCUACGAAAACUAUUGGCCGGAGAACAGCUAGGAGAUCGCAAACCCUCCGAACUACUACGUGUUCUAAAGCGUCGGGCGGAAAAUUUUCAAAUCCCGGACGCAGUUAUACUAGAAUUAUUCAUACAACACCUUCCGACUUCCGUCCAAUCCAUCCUAGCCGCCAUUACCCCACUCGACGUAGACAAAGCAGCGGAGGUAGCGGACCGCGUGGUGGAAGUAACCCCCGCAACGAUAGCUUCAGUGUUGCAACCCGAGGAACCCGAUACCGUAACCAACAAAAUACUAAUCGAAAUAGAUAAACUUAACAAGCGAAUCGAUCAACUAACGCAGGCACGUCGGGAUCGCAGUGACCAUUUUUCUCGACGCUCCCGCAGCAGUUCAGGACAUCGCAACAAUUCAACUCGCCGCAGUAUCAACAACUACUGCUGGUACCACAACCGUUUUGGCGCAAAGGCACAAAAAUGUACUCCUCUGUGUAGUUCUCCAACAAACGAGAACGGCGAAGCGUAGAGGCGACAUGCACUUUGCCGGAACAAUCUCGUCGCCUGUUCAUCCUAGACAAGAGAACGAACAUAAACUUUCUCGUCGACACAGGUUCCGACGUAUCAAUAUUUCCAGCCUCCUCGUCUCAAA